AUGGGUAACGCGCUGUGUAAAGAACCUCGAUCGAGUUCGUCACCUAGCACUGGGAACGCAUUCAGUAACUUUAGCAGCGUGAUCUGUCCUAACGGACUGGGCAAAGGAAAGACACAUCCGAUGCGGAAGACAUACUUCUCACGAAGCGCAGUUGAUGCUUCAAAGAAAACCACCUCGGCCACCGGCUGGCAGAGUGUCUGCCUAUACGUCCCAGACGGUUCAUCAGGACGUCAGCAAAAAGUGAUCGAUACACCACCGGUCGCACCUCCGCGCAAGAAACGUGGUGCCACCUUAGAUGGACGCUAUCGGUCCGACGAAGCACUAAAGGUGAAGAAUGGAUUUCAGGAUGUUUUCGGACGCGAAAGCCGUCGUCACUCGUGUGACGUUCCGUCCGUCACACGACCGGCCAGUGUGCCACCACCUCGGCCGGAUGUAGCAGCACUUCCAGCACGUCAAACAUCCUGCUUCGAAAUCGAUGCCAGUAAUGAUGCGUUUAGCGAUUUCUCCAAAGUUCCCACUACGGCCGAACUGGAACGCGCACCAUCCACCUCACAGAUACCACGUGUGGGAAAUCGUAAAUCAGAUAAAUUCUUCGGCGAACGGUUGGCCGACUCGCUGUCCCCCGAGCAAGAGCUUGCACGGAAUGAGCAAAAAAAGUCGCAAAAAGAUAAAUCAAACACGAGCUUGGUACGGGAUGAUGUGGAUAAGAUAGAAAAAUUCGUCGAGCACAAGGAGACGGCGACGGAGAAGCGUCAGAAAAGUGUGCCCGAGAUACAGAUAGAAGCACGUGAGUCCAUGCACGCGUCGCCAACACCGAAUAAGACGGAAGGUGAAGAUUUGAUGAAAUACAUCGAUCGCACGGUAAAAGGCGACAACCAGAUAGGUCGGCGGGCCGAAUUUCUCAUGGCAAUGCUGGAGGACUACAAUGACAGCGUGCGGUACGAUGGUAUGGAACCGGUCGAGGAACCGCUGAUCGUACCGAAACGUCGUAAGAGCAAACAUAUCUGUGACGAUCACGAUCAUAUGCACAACAAGCUACAGGCCCACGAACGAGAUGCCUCAGCGGGGAAUGUUAUUCGCACGGAGGCCUCGAUAGAACAUGCACCACGAAAACCAAGCCGAGAUUUCUCACGCUACAAACCGAUCGAUGUGGAUCCUUCGUCGGAUGGAUCGGAUGACGAAGAGUGCAGCGUGGUACGACCGGUUCGAACCAAGCAGAAGGCAAAACUGCGCGAGUCGCCAUCCCCUGUACCACCACCAGAUCCACCCCGGUUUCAGAAAAGUCUUUCGGAAACCCAGUUUACCGGAACGUCGACACAACUUCAACCGACGAAGGAUGAGACAGAGCCCAAGGCACACACACCACGCAUGCUGAAGCGAAUCAUAUCGAUGCCGACGACCGAAAAUCUUGCCAAAGAGUCGUCACCCGGUGCAGAGACUCCGCAGCGUCCGAUUCUGACGAAAAGUUCCAGCUCGGGUUCAUUCGCGGCCGUUGACCUGCAGCGUACCCGAAUCUGCGUGGAACGGUUCACUCCGGAAGAUUACGUGCAUCGUUCGUCCGGUGCUGAUGAGCUGGUCAAACCAAAGUCCAAGCUAACGACACGCAAGAUUUCAUGGAAAUCCAACGAAGCACCUGUUUGCCAGACCCCGACACCUACCACCGAACGUCCAACCGGUGCAAGUUUCAUGAUUGGUGGUACUACAGUAGUAACAUCUGACUCUGCGUCACAGCUCGCACCACCAGAGGUACCAAAGCGUAAGCAUUCGGAUGCUUCUACUGGAGCUGAAUCCUCUGGACAAGAAAAGGAAGUGCUUACGAACUCCGUAUCCACACCAGCGGCAGAAGAUCCAGUAGAAGAUAGAGGCCUUCGUCAGUUCUGUUUAGGAUCAUUCAUCGAAUCUAGCAAAGUGCUGCCACAUCACGAUGUGGUCAAUGUGCUAGGUUGUGUAUAUGAUGCUACCGACAACAAAGAAAACAUCGUCGAACAGUUCCAGACAUUCCUAGAGGAGGCACUAAGUGCGGAAUUGAAUGAACCCAACCCAUCCAACCCGAAUAUUUCCAAGCUGAUUGAGAAGUUAUCCCAGACAAGCUCGGACGGUGAUAAGCAGCUGGAAAAUGUAACACUUAAACUAGUUGGUUCGAGUCACUCCUCCUCCGACAUGGACGACUGUUUCGAUCCGGAGUUUGAAAAGAUAGAAAAAUCGGAAAUCGUCGGUGAGCUGCCAAAGAUUGAGCACGGCCCCAAGCACGGUGGUGGACGGCGUCGGGAUAGUAUCGAAUACAUGAGCGAUUGGUUCGGGGGUGAAUCGGACGGAUCCUCCACAAUGCUAUCGUCUAUCGGAGUCGAUGAAGUAAAGGCUAGUGAUCGAACGCCAACAAAACCACCCGUACACGGUGCAUCGUAUGGAUCGCGUAAGGAAAGUAUCGAGGAUGUUGGCAGCUGGUUCUCCAAUCACAACGCACUCCGGCCAUCGUUUGGUGAGGAAUUUGAGGAACCAAGUCGCCGGUUACGCCGCGGAUCAGAUGGUUUUCUUGGGUACGAUCUGCAGCGUCAGUAUCCGUUCGGGAAGGGCCGUGAGCGAUCCGAUUCGCUGUCGGCCGAGAUGUUCGAGGGUAUCACGAAACUGCAAGAGCAACGAUCCGACCAGCAGCAGGAACAUCCAUUUCCGCACCAUCCCCAGCGCAAAAAAGUCCUGGAGCACCGUAACAGUUCCGAUGCACUGCUGAUGAAAGUACUAACACGCUCGAAUCGCACUCAACAUCACAACUCUGACGAGCAGCAGAAGCAAGAAGAAGCGCCAAAACAGAUUGAAACUGUUGAUGAAAGUAAACCAAUGUUAAAUGAAGACACAGACAAACACAACAGCAUCGCCGAAAGUAAUCCUUCGAAGGAUGCUUCCAAAACAACGAAAAACGAUGACAAAUCACCGGCACGAACGGAAAACGAUGAGCACGAGCACAGUGAACAUUCCACGUUGCUGAAGUUUCUUUCGAAGGAGAAAUUAAUUGAGUGAAGUGUUCUCGUUGUUCGGGGGGA